GAUAUUUGGUAUCGUGCGGUCUCCUUACUGGUGCUAUUGGGAGUGUAGUAUUGAACUCAACAGGAGUGUUCAUGGGCACUCUGCUGUGUGCGGCGUCGUCUCAAGCGGUUAAUCAAAUAAUGGAAAAGGAAAGAGAUGGAAAUAUGACGC